CGCACACGCCCAACCUAUCGCCGUAGUCCCUAUCAAAACCUUAACCCCAUCCUCACCUCUAAUUUCCUUCUCUACACCCUCUCUCUUACCUCUGAGAGGAGAAAGGAAAAAAUCCGAAAAAGGAAGAAAGAUUUCCAUUUCACUCUAUCGAUUUCUCUAUGAAAAUCUAACCCUGAAUUUUAAUCCAAAAAAUUCUGAAAACUUCGGCACCUAUAAUGUCUCACGCAGUGUUCCAAACAGCGCAAAUAAUGCCCGUGGCCCCUAUCACCAAAACCUUAUCGUCUAAACCCCUGUUACCAGCCGGCCUUCACUGGUCACCGGUUGCUCCGCCUAUCGCUGGUAAGCUCCGCAAGUCUUCUGUCACCACAAAGGCCUCCUAUGCGGUAGUUGACGGUGACGUCAUUGCUGGCCUCGAGCGGUGCUUUCAGGCUUCUCCUGCCGCUGAUUUUCCAUCGGCUUCGCCUUUGGGUUACGUGGACUUCGGGCCCGUUAUGAAGGGUGGCCAGUACGGUGCGUUUGGUGCGGUAACUUUGGAAAAAUCGAAGCUUGAUUUGACGCAAAAGCAAACGAAGUCUAGUCCUGAGCUUUCUACGGGGGGAGGAGGUGGUAAUAUGGGCAAGGGGCUUAGUCAUGGUGGUGGUGAUGGGGGUGAUGAUGGCGGCGAUGAUGAUGAUUACUUUGAUGACUUUGACGAGGGCGAUGAGGGAGAUGAGGGUGGACUGUUUAGACGGCGUAUUGCUCUGCCAGAGUUGUUUGAUCGGAAAUUUAUUGAUGCUGUAUUGAAUGAGUGGCAAAAGACGAUGAUGGAUUUGCCUCCUGGAUUACGUCAAGCUUAUGAAAUGGGUUUGGUCAGUUCAGCUCAAAUGGUGAGAUUUCUGGCAAUCAAUGCCAGACCUACCGCUGAGAGGUUCAUUUCCCGGGCUCUUCCCCAAGGAAUAUCUAGGGCUUUCAUUGGCAGGAUGAUUGCAGAUCCUGCCUUUUUAUACAGGCUGCUUCUUGAGCAGGCAACUACUAUUGGUUGCUCUGUUUGGUGGGAGAUCCAAAAUCGCAAAGACAGGAUAAAGCAGGAAUGGGAUCUUGCGCUUAUCAACGUGCUUACAGUGACAGCUUGCAAUGCCAUGGUUGUUUGGUCCCUUGCUCCUUGUCGUUCAUAUGGAAAUACAUUCCGUUUUGAUCUGCAGAACACACUGCAAAAACUCCCAAAUAAUAUCUUCGAGAAGAGCUAUCCACUUAGAGAAUUUGACUUCCAGAAGAGACUUCAUUCUUUUUUCUACAAAGCUGCAGAGUUGUGUAUGGUGGGAUUCACUGCCGGAGCUGCACAGGGUGCUGUGUCCAACCUUGUUGCCCAUAAAAAGGAGGGAAGGAUAUCAGUGACCACUCCGUCUGUGAGCACUAAUGCUCUUGGUUAUGGAGCUUUUCUUGGCCUCUAUGCAAAUUUACGAUAUCAAAUGCUGUGUGGUUUUGACAGAGCAGUUACCAGCUACUUUGAUGUUAUUGGAGUAGCUCUUUUCUUUAGCACAGCCCUGAGGGUAUUGAAUGUUCAACUAGGAGAGACAUCAAGGUUGGCUUGGCUUGGGGUGGAGGUUGAUCCAUUUGCUCAUUCGGACGAUCUCUUGAAGAAGGCUUACAAUAGACCAGCUGAAGGAGUCAAUCAGUCUUCUUCAAAGUGGUUCAUAUCCAAGAACACUAUUGUUUCUGGGCUCGGUCUCCUUGGACUUAAACAAGGACAAAAUGACACUAUCACGGAUGGUGAAGUCCCUUCCCCCAAGGCUCGGAGAAAGAGAAUUGUGAGGAAAAAGGUGGCAACAAGUUGAGUCAGGUUAUAUUUUAUUCAAUUGAAAUCAACUCUUCAAUUUUGUAGCAAUAUAGCUCCAGCACAGACGCCUUCAAGUAGAAGACCAUCGUGACGUAUUAUUUGAUGACACAUUUAUGGAAGUCUUGUCACGGGAUCACAGGACCAAGCACCGUGUAUGACUAAUGAUACUUGCAAAUUCAUUUGUUACCGCAUUGCUUCCCAAAUUAGGUACCAGAUGAUUGUAACAAAAAUAAAUUUUUGGAAUACGAUUGAACUUUCUUAUUUUUCACCCUUAAUGUAAAACAAUUCCUUUGUGAUUUUCUGCUUUA